UAUAGAUCAAAGAGAUCAAAAGCAAUAUUAAAACCAUGGCCAAGACUAUACUUGCAGUGUUCGUUAUUCUGUCGUUGUUCCAUGUCCAUGCACUUGCGGAGAGAAAGUCGUACGUUGUUUAUUUGGGAUCGCAUUCACACGGCCCUGAAAUCUCCCCUUCAGACUUGAAACGCGUAGCCGAAUCUCAUCAUCAGUUCCUUGGAUCCUUCUUGGGCAGUCACGAUAAGGCGAGAGACGCGAUCUUUUACUCGUACAAGAGACACAUAAACGGCUUCGCAGCCAUUCUUGAAGAAGAAGAAGCAGUUCAAAUCUCGAAGCAUCCGAGUGUGAUAUCUGUGUUUCCGAACAAAGGCAAGAAGUUGCACACAACUCAUUCAUGGGAGUUUAUGCAACUGGAGAAGGACGGCAUUAUCCCUUCCGGCUCAUUAUGGUUGAACGCACGAUUUGGUGAAGACACCAUCAUUGGCAACCUUGACACUGGUGUUUGGUCGGAAUCCCAGAGCUUUGGAACUGAUGGGAUCGGUCCAGUCCCUUCAAGAUGGAAAGGAACAUGUAAAACUGCCGAAGGUGUUCGCUGCAACAGGAAGCUAAUAGGAACAAGGUACUUCAACAAAGGUUACUUGGCUCACACGGGUCUUAAGACCAACUCCUCGUUCGAGUCAGCAUGCGACCAUGAAGGCCAUGGAACUCACACUCUCUCCACUGUCGGAGGCAACUUUGUACGUGGGGCAAGUGUCUUUGGCGUUGGCAAUGGCACGGCCAAAGGCGGUUCUCCACUGGCCAGAGUGGCUUCUUACAAAGUGUGCUGGACUCCCGUUAACGGUUCUCAGUGCUUUGACGCCGAUAUCUUGGCCGCCUUCGAUAUGGCCAUUCAUGACGGCGUUGACGUCCUCUCCAUAUCCCUCGGUGGGGAUCCCGCUGAUUAUUUUAACGACGGCCUUGCCAUCGGGUCAUUCCAUGCUGUGAAACAUGGCAUCACCGUUGUGUGUUCUGCUGGAAACUCUGGCCCGGCUCCUUCCACUGUCUCGAACGUUGCUCCUUGGAUAUUGACGGUCGCUGCCAGCACACUCGACCGGAAGUUCCAGAGCUCUGUUGAGCUUGCCAAUGGCCGACGCUUCAAGGGAGAAAGCAUGUCAAAGCCAUUGCCGAUGAAAGGGAAGAUGUAUCCACUUAUAACCGGUGCACAAGCCAAACUUGCCAAUGCAAAUGCUUCAGCAGCCCUCCUUUGCAAGGAAGGUACAUUGGAUCCAGAAAAGGCAAAGGGUAAGAUCAUGGUGUGUCUGAGAGGAGAUUCAGCCAGAGUGGAGAAGGGAAGACAAGCCGCUCUGGCCGGUGCUGUCGGUAUGAUCCUUUGCAAUGACAAGUCAACCGGCAAUGACAUAAUCGCCGAUCCCCAUUUCCUUCCAGCUUCACAGAUCAACUACGUCGACGGCCUUUCAGUUUUCUCUUACAUUAACUCUACCCAUGAUCCAAUGGGUUAUAUCACUGCACCCACGGCUGCUUAUGGCAUCAAACCAGCCCCAUUCAUGGCAGACUUCUCAUCUCAAGGACCAAACUCUGUUACACCUGGCAUCCUCAAGCCGGAUGUAACUGCUCCUGGAGUUAACAUCAUAGCUGCGUACACGAGGGAACAAAGCCCGACAGGCUUGGAAUCCGAUACACGAACCACUGCUUACAUUACAGAAUCAGGCACGUCCAUGGCCUGCCCUCACGUGGCCGGAGUUGCUGGUCUUCUCAAGACGAUGCACCCUUCGUGGAGCCCUGCCGCCAUCAGAUCCGCCAUCAUGACAACUGCGAGAACAAGAGACAACAGGGUGAGUCCGAUGAUGAACGCGUCGUACGUGAAGGCGAACUCCUUCAACUACGGGUCAGGACACCUCAGGCCAAACCGGGCGGGAGACCCUGGUCUGGUCUAUGACUUGACAGCCGAUGACUACUUGGACUUCCUCUGCGCCAUAGGUUACAACCAGACCAUGAUGGAGUUGUUCUCGGACGGUCCUUACAAGUGUCCGGAGGGAGCGAGCCUUCUCGACUUCAACUAUCCGUCGAUCACGGUGCCUAACCUCAAAGGGCCAGUGACGGUGACGAGAAAACUGAAGAACGUGGGAGGAGGAGGAGGGAGGUACGUGGUUCGUGUGCGGGAGCCGUAUGGAGUGUCGGUGAAGGUAGAGCCGAGAGUGUUGGAGUUUGAGAGAGUUUCUCAAGUCAAGAGCUUUGAGAUGACGUUGAAGCCCAAGUGGGAUGGUGCUGCUUCUAACGGCUAUGUGUUCGGCGGUCUGAUCUGGUCUGACGGCAUCCAUUUUGUCAGAAGUCCCAUUGUUGUUGCUGCUGCCACCUGAUCACUCUAACCGGUUCAUUUAAGACCUUUGUUCUCUCUCUUUUUUUUUCUUUUUCUUUUUUUAAAUUUCCGUGUUCUUUUUUUUUGUUUGGGUUAUGGUUUGAUACUGUUAUUUAU